GGCAGGUGUGCAGUUCCUCGCUACUGAGCCUUUUUUCUCUCUGUUUUUCAUUACUGAAGAUUGAAUCCAGAGCCUUUCCAUCGAGCUGCAUCCUUUUUUUUUUUUUUUUUUUUUUUUUUGAGACAAGGUCUCGCUAAAUUGCUAAAUUAGCCAGGCCGGGCUCUAACGCGAGAUCCACCUGACUCAGCCUCCCCGGAGUGCUGGAAUGAUACACCUGCGCCACCGCGCCGACCACUUCUCAUCUUUCUUGAUGUUGGCUGGGAUAUUCAUGAUUGCUGAAAGCAUCUUUAAACUUAGACCCUGAAGGGGGUUCUCUAUCCAAGCUCAAGGGCUGAGGCACAGGGCUUGAGUUGCCUUCUUUGAUCUGUCCCACCCAUUUGCCCCACAAAGGUCCUAGCCUUUCGAGGCUGGGGACACGGAGCUGUCUCUGCGCUUGAAUAAAAAAAAAAAAAAUUUUUUUUUUUUUUUUUGGUAUUGGGAAUUGAACUCAGAACCCGCACUUGGCCAAGCAGGUGCUGUGCCACUGAGCUAACAUCCCUGGUCCUGCGGUUGAAAUUUAAAUGCAGCAUACCUGGGCGCGGUGGCGCUCGCCUGUUAGCCUAGCGCCCUGGGAGGCUGAGGCAGGAAGAUCUCCAAACUUAAGCCCAGCGCUGACAACUUAGUGACUUAGGGAGUUUCAAAAUAAAAAAAGAAAGGACUGUAGUUCGAUCCCCAGUACGAGAGAAGAACUGUGGCAAACAGCACUCCAUUCCUUGCUGGUGACUCAGUGUGCUGGUUUCUGGACAUGAGCCACCCCCGAUUGCGCUCCUCCUGUACACAAGGUAAACGCAACAGUUUUAUUAUCCUCGCACUGAGGCGAGGAGAGCCGCAGCCGCGACUGGCGCCAAGUGGGCGAAACCGAGGCUGCAGGCAUUCCGGAGCUCUCGGAUCUGGACCUGAGCAGGUUGACGUCCUCCCUUCCAGGUCCCGCACGCAUAAGCUCUGCGGGUGACAGCGUCAGGGCUGGAACCUGAGCGUCGCAUCAUCCUGUCCCGCCCUCGCCUCUGCGCAGGUGGGCGGGGCCUUAGGCCCCGCCCCUGACGCCGGCAAAGUUCCAGUCUGGCGCACCUGCACCUCUCUUCCUGCCACCUAUCUCGCGCACCUGUCGCCUAACCUCCCGCCCACGGUUGCGCCCUUCGAUGCGGCGCGUCGAGGGCAGCGUUUCCAACGACCGUGGGGUGGCGUCCCCAGGCCCCAGCAAGGCGCUGGCACAGCCAGAGCGGGGGGCCACGCUGCCCGUGAGGCUGCUGAGGGAUACCCCUUUGGCUGUGCGGGACACUGGCCAUAGCCAGGACUUCCAGAUGAAGAUGGACGCGCGAGGAUUCACCCCGGAGGACCUGCAGGUGCGGAUGGAUGGGCAGAGCCUGGUAGUGACCGGCCAGCGGCAAGAGGAGGGCCGCGACCCCCACGGGGGCAGCUACAGCUUGACGCAGAAGGUGUUCCGGCAGAUGCAGCUCCCCGGGGACCUGGACCCUGCCACCACCACCUGCUCCCUGACCCCCUCCGGCCAACUGUGGGUGCAAGGCCCGUACAGACCGCCACCUCUGCCUGCAUCCCUGGUGGGCCCGUCCCAGAGCCUGUCACACCAGGGCUCUCAGAAAGGCCCCAGCCCCACCUGAGCCAGUAAACAACGACGACGCACAG